AUGCUCCUCCGACUCCCCGACGAACUCCUCCAGUCAAUCGCAACAUACCUUACAUCCGAGCGCGACAUAAACGCCUACUGCCAAACCAGCCGUCGAACCUACAAUCUCCUCAUCACCCAUCUCUACCAGUACAACGCCCAGCAUUCCAACAGCUAUGCCCUGUUUUGGGCUGCCGAGCACAACAGCGCACCCACAGCUCGGAAUUCGGUGCUCGUAGGUGCCAGCGCUCAGCACGCAAACCUCAACAGGGAGACUCCGCUCCUAGUGGCCUCGUCGCACGGGAGCGAUGCUGUGGUCAAGGUGCUCCUUGCGGCUGAUGGCGUUGACGUUAAUCUCAGGGGGGCCUUUGGGCGCACGCCGCUGAUUGUCGCUGCUUCUUGUGGUUUUGACGCGGUGGUGGACAUGUUGCUAACGAGACGGGACAUCGAUUUGCGCGCCAGAGACCAGGUCGGAACCUCGCCGAUUGCGCUGGCUGCAAGAAACGGGCAUGAGCGAGUUGUGACAGUACUGCUUGCUAAGGAUGGUGUGGACGCUGAUUCAAGAGAUGUGUGGGGGGCUACCCCGCUACUCGAAGCGUCGCAGAAUGGGCACACGGGGGUGGUGGCGCUCCUGCUUGAGAGCGGGAGGGUCAAUCCAAACGGCUACGAUGAGAGCGCCACGCCACUGGGAGCGGCUGCUGCGCGGGGAUACGCCAAAAUUGUGGAGCUGUUGCUCGCCGCAACCGGUGUCCAGCCCGACAACAAUAAGGCAGCGGGUCGAACACCCUUGUUCCAGGCCGCGGAGAAUGGGCAUGAGAAUGUUGUUGCCCUCUUGCUUGCUAGACGUGACGUUACUCCUGACGUAACAGAUUCUCAUGGCGUGACGCCUCUCUCCGCGGCCGCGGAGCAUGGUCAGCUAGCUGUCGUUAAGCUUCUUCUCGCCAAGAGUGAUGUUGACCCCGAGUCCAGGGAUAACUACGGUGACACGCCACUGAUUGUUGCUUCGAGAAGCGGACAUGAGGAAGUGGUGAAGGUAUUGCUUGCCGACGGACGAGCUGAUCCAAGCGCCGUAGACAGCGACGGACUGGCUGCAGCGUCUGUCGCUGCUCAGGCUGGGCAUGAGGGAGUCAUGAUGCUAUUGCUUGCCAGCAACGGUGUCGGUCUAGAUUAA